AAAAAAAGCCACAGCCUCCCCUGGGCUUUGUGUGAGGGUUAUCAACUGCUCAAGUCAGCUCAUCUCUUUGGCUAUCCUGGCACUUUGGAGAGGGUCUGUUUUUCUGGCCCUUCUGGGUUUCCACUGAUUGGCAGGAAGGGGUCCAGCCUGUCCCAGAGAUGGAGGCCAUGAGGAAUGAGGUCCCACCUUCACUGAAGAUCCCACGAGAACAUGCCUCCCAAGAAGCCUGAGCCUAAGAAGGAGGCAGCCAAACCAGCCCCAGCUCCUGCUCCGGCCGCCGCCCCGGCCUCUGCUCCGGAGGCCUCCAAGGAGUCUGCCUUUGAUCCCAAGAGUGUAAAGAUUGACUUCACUGCAGACCAGAUCGAAGAGUUCAAGGAAGCCUUUUCAUUGUUUGACCGGACUCCAGCGGGAGAAAUGAAGAUCACUUAUGCACAGUGCGGGGAUGUGUUGAGGGCUCUGGGCCAGAACCCCACCAACGCUGAGGUGCUGCGCGUCCUGGGCAAGCCCAAGGCCGAAGAGAUGAAUGCCAAGAUGCUGGACUUUGAGACGUUCCUGCCCAUCCUGCAGCACAUCUCCCGCAACAAGGAGCAGGGCACCUACGAGGACUUUGUGGAGGGGCUGCGUGUUUUCGACAAGGAGAGCAACGGCACCGUCAUGGGGGCUGAGCUUCGCCAUGUCCUUGCCACCCUGGGAGAGAAGAUGACCGAGGCUGAGGUGGAACAGCUGCUGUCUGGGCAGGAGGAUGCCAAUGGCUGCAUCAAUUAUGAAGCCUUUAUCAAGCACAUCAUGUCUUGCUGAAGUGGAGUCCUCCCGAGUGAGUGCUGCCUCUUCCUCUUUCUCCCUUUGGGGAUUUAGAGACUCCAUGCCACCCACCACAUGCUCUGUAGCUCCUGUCCAGGUCUCUUAAGAGGAAAUGACCCUGCCUACUAUUUCCCCUGGGUUCUUAGUGGCUUCCUUCCCUUCCUGCCCCAGCCUUAUCUCUCCCUGGUCUUUCCAUCCCCUCUUGACCUUUAUUGUCCAGUCCUCUGCCUGUCCCAGAUCUCUCCAGCCUGGACCCCCUGCACAGGCACUAGGGUCGGGGAAAACCCCAUGUCAAGUGGCCUAUGCCAGUCCGCUUUCUCCCUUCCUUGGGCUCCCUUGGGUGUGGCACUGGCCUGACAGUGAUAUAGGGUUGCAAUAGGAAGUGUGGUAGGGGGGUGACUAUCUAGCAUUUUCUUUCAGGCGCUUGGCCUUAGAAUAGGCCAUCCUUGGGUGAGUUAUGAGAGGCCCAAAUGAAAUGGACGACUGGAUUUGCCCGCUGCUCCACAGCCCCGGACCCUUCCCCACAGCCCUCCCUGUAAAUAAACAGCCUCUGCAAGGCUAGGUUGAGUC